AUGUCUACCGGUUUGACUAACGGAAACCCGAGAAAGAAUGGCAAAAAGCUUGGACCUUUUCACGGCAUUCCCAAGGUUUUCUUCGGUUCGGUCAUUUCUGCCCAUGUUCUCCCUCCCCACGUCCAGCCAGUAACAUCCCAGUCCCUGACCUGCACGGCAAAGCUGCAGCUUGAGGGCAUGCUCUGCAUGGGCAAAGGCGGUGUUCCAUAG